UUGACAUUGAAGAUAACUUCUACUGAUAACGGUUUAGUACACACAUAGCAAUUAACCUGUCUAAAAACCUGAUCAAAUACCACAUUGUGUAGUUUACGGAUAUUUGUAGAGUAGGUAAUCAUAAUAGUGCGCAUUGACUUGAGUCAGCCGAUAAAAUGAUGCGAGCAAUAAUAAUUGCACGAGAAAAAAAGGUGAUGUGGUACAAGUUCUCAUAAUUACCUCCGCAAUGUAGUUUAAUAUCAAGUACGUGAAAUAUUGAAAACUGUUGUUUAAACGUGAUAAAUUCUACCGCGAUUAGUUAUUGACUAAAUAAUUUAUGAAUUUGCGACUAAUACAAUGGACAAAAGGUUGUAUGCCAAUGUACAUGGAGAUAUUUAUGAAUCAGUACCAUGUGACAUUUUUUAUAUGAAUAGAAGUCAAGCCAGUAUCAAUGACAGAAAUGAAGACUCUGAAGCUCAAUCAAACGUGGAAACCAAUAAAUGCAUGUGCAAAAAUUUCGUUAGAGGUUGCUCGCAAAUAGUGUACCGAGAAGAUAGGCAUAAGCACGAGUGUGAAUGUGAAUUUAACGCUUUCAAAUGUGUAUUUAGUUCCUGCAGUUUUGUAGACAUCCUACCUGGUAUAAGGAAUCACUUAGAGAAGAAACAUCAAAUUGUGGACAAUAAUGAAGCUUUGGCGGUGUUCGACUUGCAUAAGGAUAGAGUCGUGGUCUUCUGUUGUUAUGAAAGUAUAUUUAGAUGCCUAUAUUAUAUCUACGAUGACUUCGUAGAAUUCCUAGUAGUACCUUAUGGUAUCCAUGUGCAGGGGUGUUUUUUUCGGGUGACAGUGAAUGGAGUAUCAAGGAAAAGUCCAUGUGUUCACUGGAACGCAAUAGCGCUAGACAAGGGAGUAAUGAUCAGAAAGACUGAUAUCGAAACUGGAGCAGAUGGCAGAUUUGAAGCUAAGAUCAAGAUAUUGUAUCGGAAACAUUAUAACGUGUGACAGAAGACUGGGGGAUACUCAUAGAUAUACAACACAAAAAAAUGAAUUAGUAGGUGUGAUAUUUUAUCUUUGUAAAUUAUAAUGAAAUAUAUUUAUACAUUUUUGUUCCUUCAUGUAGUGUGUAGUUUUGAUACAAUUGACCGCUUUGUUCCUGAAAUAAUACUUAUAAGAUUUGCAUGAGUUUUAUUGAUCAACUUGAUAUUAUCCCAUAUUACUUCAAUUUUUGAAAGAGACGCAUUUGUAGAGAUGUUUAAAAAGUUUUACCAUGUUUUCAAAAUUUAAAGAACAUCUACCGUCUCAUUAAUGGAAUAUUUGC